AUGGACUCCCUCUCCCGCACUCCCGAUGUCAUUACCUUCGACUACCAGUUUGCGCCCAAUGCGCAAAAGGCUCGCAACCUGCUCAACGUCGCCGGCAUUCCCUAUUCGUGCUGCGAGCAGCCGUUUGUGCUCCCUCGCCCGAUCCUGACUGAUCUGGGCAUCACCUACCGCCGCGUGCCCGUCAACGCUAUUGGCAAGGACAUCUACUGCGACAAUCGACCGUUCCUGGAAGCCGUGCAGAAGAUUUUUAAGGACAAGGCUCUGCCGACGAGUCCUGCGGACCAUGCGUAUGAGAGCUUCGGCUAUCGCACGUUCUGGACGUGUCUUCAGCUGGUUCCGCUCGAGCUGAUGUCCAAGCAGCUGGCGGAAGAUCGCAAGAAGCUGUUUGCGGUCCUCACCAGAGAUGAUUAUGGCGACAUCAGGCAGAGUGCGCUGGGAGAGCUGAAGCAGUGGCUAGACAUCGUUGAGUAUGACUUCUUGAGCCACGGCCAACAGUUCAUUGCAGGAGACAAGCCUGGUGCUGCCGAUGUGCAUGCGAUCUGGAUGUUAAAAUGGGCAAUAGAGACCGUAGGCUGCGGCAAAGAACCCGGAUUUGCAAAGGAGGAUUUCCCAAAGGCGUACAAAUGGUUCGAAGGCUUUCCAAACCAUACGCCCGAGAACGAUGCACCAAAGCUGGAUGCUAAAGAUGCGCAUCAGAAGGUCCUAGAUGCGGAGUACGCGGCGGAGGACAUCGGUGUUGAUCCAAAAGAUCCAACCGGCCUCAAGAAAGGUGCGACAGUGGUAGUCGAGACAAAUGAUGACGCAUCACCGGGCAAUGCGCCGCAGCACGGUAAGCUGGUUGGACUGAACCACAGGGAGAUCGUCGUCGAGCUGGAUAAUGGCAUCCGUGUACAUUUUCCAAGAAUUGGCUAUCGAUUGCGGGAGGCGUGA